GGAUUUCCGUGCGCAGUGUUCGAAGAAAGUGGAGUACGUAGAGAUGUUUAUAUUUGUUGGAUAAGUUACUUUUAUACUUGAAAUCACCCAUGACUGCUUCUGAAGAGGGAAAAGCUCGGAACGAAGGUUGCCCUUGAUGCUUUUGGUGUUGCUAGCGCGAGAGAAACUACCCGACGGCACUUCUUCAGUGGUACAUGCAUGCACAAUUUAUUUCUAAAAUGGCUAUGAGCGCUCAUCAUUGUCUGGUUCCCUGUUUACAAUCCCGUCAACUUGGGAUUCUGUCUCCAAAGAAUUUCUCUAGAGAUACUACAGGUUCUAGCGGACUUGUGAAAAGACUGAAGCUUCACGACAAACUUGUCCACCACGAUGGAUGUGUGAACACACUACAUUUUAACAUGUCCGGAGACCUUUUAGCUUCGGGAAGUGACGACUUAGAUAUUGUAAUAUGGGACUGGGCGAAAGGCAAGAAGAAAGUAGCUUAUGAGAGUGGACAUUCAAGCAAUGUCUUUCAGGCUAAGUUCAUGCCUUACACCGGUGAUAGUACAAUAGUAAGUUGUGCCAGAGACGGAAAGCUUUGUAUUGAGCCAGGUUCACCUUGUGAGUUUCUUACAUGUGGAGAGGAUGGUGUUGUGUUCCAUGCUGAUCUCAGAGAGGACAAGGCACGCAAGCUAUUUUGCUGUCGUGUUGAGGAGCACAGACGAGUUCCUUUGUACACAAUUUUUAUCAAUCCUUUAAAUAUCUACGAAUUUGCAGUUGGUGGAAGGGACCAGUUUGCUAGAAUUUAUGACAGAAGAAAGCUGCCAGAGGAUAGUAAGGCCAAUGUUGAACCAGUCAAGUUAUACUGUCCUCAUCACCUGAUGGGAAGUAAUGAUCUUCUUGCCAACAUCACUUGCCUAGUUUACUCAUAUGAUGGUACAGAGCUGCUUGUUAGCUACAAUGAUGAGAACAUCUAUCUGUUUGACUCUUACUCAAGUUCUGAAGCAGAGUACAUUAAAACCUACAAAGGCCACAGAAACAAUGCCACAGUCAAAGGUGUGAACUUUUAUGGUCCACAAAGCGAGUUUGUGGUCAGUGGAAGUGAUUGUGGACAUGUGUUCUUGUGGGACAAACAAACUCAAGAGGUUGUACAGUUCCUUGAGGGGGAUGAAACAGGCGUGGUGAAUUGUUUAGAACCACACCCCAAUGCACCUAUUCUGGCCACCAGUGGUCUUGAUCAUGACAUUAAACUGUGGCUGCCAACAGGAGAGGAACCGACAGCCUUAGAUGGACUAAAGAAAGUGAUUAAAGAGAAUGACAAAGACCGGGAAGAAGACAGACUUCGUCCUCAUGAUCCGAUCAGUGAGCAUCUCUUGUGGCUCAUGAUGCAUCACAUCAGGAGAAGUCAGAAUCGAAGUGACACCGGAGAGCAAGAUAGUGACAGUGACGUUCUCAGUGACGAUGAUGAUGAUGAUGAAGAUGGUGAACUGGGAAACAGAGUUCAGUGUAGUCCAUCAUAAAUAAUUGACUCCUUUUGUAUAGAUACCCUGUAAAAUAUGAACUAGGCAUACAUAGCCAUGUAAGUAAGACUGUACAUGUAAACAGUUAUUCAAAUGUAUUGGAAAGUUAAGUAGAACUGGAUUUUGUCACAUGCUCCAUCUGAUGUUAUGUAACUGUUAAAAUAGAGAACGUUUUGUGACACUUGACAAGACAUUUUAUGACAACUUAGAAGUUUCGUUAUAGUUCAAAACUUAGUUUCACUUUUAGAUGAACAAUGCCAGCAAUAUACAGAGGGUUGUUGGGAUUUCUGUGCAACUAUUUAUGCAAGUUGUUUGGGUUUUAGAUCUCAUGGUAUUUGAAGUAAGCAAUAAAUCAGGGUAAGGUACUGAGGUUAUUUUCCAACUGUUACAGAAUUAGCUAAACCAGGUGCAAACUUUAUGCAGCUACAGCUGGAAUGGGCAUGAUUUACUUGUUUUCAGUCAAGGAACAUGUGCUACUCUUUGCUAUCCUCUAUCCCAGGCUUUCUCAACAAGGGAAGCAAAGAAGAGAGAGCCUGGGAUCGAGGUUGAGAACAGUGCCAGCACUCAAGUAUUACAACAGCUGACAAGCCAUGAUCCAGCAAUGAGUUCCUUAGCAACAUCAAGAUCAACCUGUAUUUUUGGUCAGGUAUGGAUGUGUGACUGUUAUACACACUUAACCCCCCCUGUCUUUGCCUGUCAGCAAGUUCUCUGGGGGGGGGGGGUAGAGUGAGUACCUUUCUGACGUAUCAACAAUGUCUUGUUUCUCCUUUACAUCUUGGUUUUCAAAAUCCUUCUCUGGAGUGUUGGUUUUGGUUUGAUUAACAGCUAUUUUUUGAGGGAAGUGAAAAACUAGUCCUCAAUUAGACUGUGAAUUGUGGUUUGGUGUAGUGAUGCUAAACAGACUAUUAUGCUGUAGUGAAUAUUUCUAUACAGCUUUAUUUCACCACAUUUGUAUUCUCGGUAAUAGACUGGGACUAGCUUGGAAUGGAGGCUCAUACAGGGGAACCCAUUUGCAUUUAAAAAGAUUUUUCGCAUUAGCCUCAGUUGCAAGCUAGUUCCAGUCCAAUACCGAGAAUACGAUGAAACCAACGUGAAGAAACUUGGAACUUUGUAUAGAAUAACAGUUAUCUCUAUAUUGUAGUGUACUUCAACAUGCUGGUUAGUCUCAGAACAAAGAGAUUAUGAAAGAAACGUUGUAGAACAAAUUAUGUGCUAAGCACUGGAAAAAAAACUAUGAAAAAAUAAAAAACAGAAGUUAAAAUUUA